GCGAGAAAGGGAGGAGUGUGUGUACAGUCUGUCCACCAGUUUGCAACCUGGAGAGAUACUCGAGACUCAUUUCGUUGUGGCUCGUCAGCGUGUUCGGGCCACUUUAUAUCGCGGAGCUUCUUUCGUUCAACACAAUCGUUUCGUUUUCUUUUUUUGUUUUUUUUUUUGGACUUUUUAUUUCGUGUCAUCUCUGCGAUUACAGGAAUAUUCACUCAUCGCUCAAUUGUGCUAACAAAAAACGACGCCCCUCGUGUCGACUUUGAAUUUCGUGGCCAUAAGAAUUUGUUUUUGUUAUUGUGUUGGAACAACGACUAACGUUCAUCGAGGAGAACUAUCAUCUUUAGGUGGACAGAACAUUUCCGUUUUAACGGAUCCACGGACAACAGUUCAACUGAAUUCGCAAGCACAAGUGAAUCUUUCCCAAUCGGAUUGUGAGAUCGUCCAGGCAAAAGAAAUUCGACCACUGCUGUCACUGACGUCUUUAUCGCCAUUUAACAGAGACAAGCCGAACGUACAAAACUUUGGGCGUUGUCAUCAGAGGUGGAGGGGCUGAAAGUGGAGCUGGAGGCGGGGGAGGAGGUGGUAUCGGUAUUGGCGGAGGAUCGGGGGCCAUGUCACGUGACGCUGCUAGUAGAUAUGAGAUCCCCGGCCAGCUGCAGCAGUUGCUGCUGGAUUUCACCGUCAGCUGCCUGGUGGAGCGCCCGGUGGAUCUAGUCGACUUCGCCGCCGACUACUUUUCUCAACUCCGACAACGGCGGCAGCAGCAGAAUCAACAGACGGGCGGUUUAGUGGCUGGAUCGGCGGCGCACGGGAAUGGACACGGACCCGAGUCGGAUGAUUCCAUGCUUACCGAUGAGAGUGACGAACCUUCGCCAGAGUCCCUGGCCAAUCGAUUCAAUCGCCGCAAGUCCGUCUUCGCCGAGUCGUACGAUCCCGAAGGCGAUGACGACGAAGGAGAAAAGGUAGUUCACCCGAAAUCCGAUCAGCAACGUCACCGACUCGCCGAGGCCGUCAAGAACAUCUUCAUUUUCCGAUCAUUGGAUCCGGACCAGGUUCAAGACGUCCUGGACGCCAUGUUCGAAAAGACUGUCGAGAGCGGUGACUACGUCAUACGUCAGGGAGACGAUGGAGACAACUUUUACGUCAUCGACAGCGGAGCGUUUCACAUUUACGUGGCUUCAGAAACAGAGCCAACCAAGAGACUCGUAGGUCAAUACGAGGAUUCCGGCAGUUUCGGCGAAUUGGCUCUCAUGUACAACAUGCCACGUGCUGCAACAGUUCAAGCCAUGAGCCAUGGUUCGCUGUGGGCAAUGGACCGGACUACAUUCAGAAGAAUCAUCCUGAAAACGGCCUGCAAGAAGCGUAAAAUGUACGAGACACUACUAGAAACUGUACCCAUGCUGCGAGCGUUGACGUCGUACGAACGGAUGAACGUGGCGGAUGCUCUGAAUCCUCGGACGUUUGAAGAUGGCGAAUGCAUAAUCCGACAGGGCGAUGCGGCCGACGGCAUGUACUUUGUUGAGGCCGGAACCGUUCGCAUCACCGUCGCCGGAGAGAACGACAUCGAGGUGGAGGUCAGUCGAGUCACCAAAGGCGGAUACUUGGGAGAACUGGCUUUGGUCACUCAUCGGCCAAGAGCCGCGUCCGCCUACUGCGUCGGCCCAGUUCGUCUCGCCUUUUUGGAUGUCCAGGCAUUCGAGCGUUUGAUGGGUCCGUGCAUGAAUAUCAUGAAGAGGAACAUCGACGACUACGAGGACCAGUUGAUUCGCAUUUUCGGCUCUCGCGUUAACAUGAGCGACAUCCGGUAAACGUCUGUAUCGUCUAGCUAUUUCAACAGUAAAACAUAUAUACACACACAUACGUGAGAGCUUUACGAUAAUCACGAACUGCUUUGAUUGAAAUGGCGCGAAUGCGAAUGGAUACACACACCUACCCUGGGCAUAAGAGCAAAAGAGAAAUGCCUCUUAGAUAAAAAAAGAAAAGAAAAGGAACACAAAAGUACAGUUGAAAGUGAACCUGUUUGUGAGAUGUCGCGAGAAAAGGAAAAGACUACAAGGCAAAGCAAACAAAAACAACCGAAUAAACAUGUUGAUGAAACAGUAAGAAGAAUUCACGGGCGUGAUGUUUUCUCUUCGCGUUUCUGACACGUCGAUGUACGCCCACAGAGCUCCUCCCUAUGACGCUUAUUAUAAAAAAACACAUACUUCUACGGUUGUCGUUGAUAUUGUGUCUCACGUGAUUGAUCAAGAAAAAAGGAAAAAAAAAAGGAUGUUAGAUGCUUCGUGUCGCCACUAAAAUCUUUCGUACAGGCUUUUAUUUCAACUUUUACUCUAAUCGUGAUUCGUCUAUCACGUUUUUUUUUUCUAUUUUAUUUGGUUUUUAUUGCCAACGUUGUGUGGCCUAUUAACUAUCCUUUGUACGCCUCAAGUUUUCUUGCUUCAUGCCGAGAAGAAAAGAGAAGGCUUGUUUGCUGAUUUCCAACCAUUGACGGCGGGACAAAAGGAAACAAACAAGCAGCCAUUCCAUUAUUCUGCGUCAUCACCCAAAGCCAAUCCCAUCGAGUUCCCCCCACCCGUCUUAACUUCGUCACUGCGUGUAACUUUGUCAGACUUCUUCCGCGUUCUAUCAAGCCAUCAAUCUUCCAAGAAACCCCGUUUCCAUUCAAUGUUAGUCUUAUAUCAGUGUCUCGCUGUUUGUUAUCAUAUAUAUUUUUUUCCUGCCAUUAUCUAGUCUGUAAUUUUCAUAACUCCCGCGUGAUUGAUCCUCGUCCUCAUCCGCCUCUUUCAUAUUUCUUCCUCUCGAAGCUAUUGACGCUCUAUUCUGUAGAAUCGUGUGUGCUAAUCCUCUUAAUUUUUUCGUUGUUAUGGGGAUUUCUACACCAGUCGUUUGUUGGUUUUCCUUCACCGUAAUGUACUCCCCCCCCCCCCCCCCCAAAAAAAAAAAAAACUUAUCCUGUCGUGGCUGAAUGGUAUACGUAUAUAGAUAACCAUUUGUUUUUUUAGCUUGUUCAAAAAUAACAACCCUAACUCGGGUUUCUAUUCCCUUUUCGAUUUAUUUAUCAAAUGAGUCGAAAGGGAAAGAAUCGGUGCUUAUUUGGUAUAUAGUACGUCCUUAUUGCCUUUCCAGCAAUCGAUUCGCCAACAUCUAACAACACAGAUCAAACUUGUAGUUGAUUCAAUUCUUUUAGAUCACCUUGUUUAGUUGAUUACGUUUUCGUGAGUUUUGUGUACUCUUUCUUUCUUGUCCAAAGAUCCAGCACUAGUGUCCCACAGUUUUAAAAA